GUGAUUACUUUUGUUCUCCACCAACAUAUUUCCCUGUGAAAAAGUUCAGGGAGAAAGCUGAAAACUUACCUUUUUAUUCUUUCUAUUUGAAAGAAAAAGAAGUAUUAAAGAUAUAAACGAAGAUUUCUCAGCUUAGCUUCGAGAAUUCUCAAUUUUAAGGAUUCAAGAUGUCCACUGCAUUUUCCUGUACAACUUGCCGUGUAGCAUUUCCAAAUGCGGACUCUCAGAAAAUACAUUGGAAAUCUGAUUGGCAUCAUUAUAAUUUAAAGAGAAAAGUGGCAAGCCUUCCCCCCUUGUCUGCUGAUAUCUUUGCUGAGAAAAUUCUCUCUAUCCAAAAGCAUAAUGAAGCUGUUCAGAAAAAGGCUGAAUUUUAUCGUGAAUGUACCUAUUGCAGCAAAAAUUUUUAUUCCGAAGGCGCUUAUUCUUCCCAUUUAGCUUCAAAGAAGCACCAUGAAAAUGUUCGUAAAUUUGAAAUGAAGUCUCGUACAGACCAAUUGAGACAUGAUGAAACAAGUAGCGUUACCUCAUCGACUCUUUCAAUGGGAGAGCCUGUCGAUGAAAGUGCUGAAGAGGAAGAGCUUCAAAACUUAACAAAACGCUUGGCAUCUGAAUCGGUCUCAGUUUCUGAUUCUUCUUUAAAGAAUGGAGCUAUGUCUACGGAAACUUCUCAAGCAAAAACAACCGCUGAACCAACCGGUGAAGAUUUUGAAAAAGAGCUCGCUCGACGUGUGAGCGAAAAAUUGAGUUUAAGGGAUUGCCUGUUUUGCAAUGCUUCUUUCUCCUCUUUUGAAGCUAACAAGAAGCAUAUGAAAGCAAUUCACAGCCUGUAUAUUCCUGAGCGAGAAUAUGUCGUAGAUGAACCGGGCCUUUUCGAAUAUUUAGCUGAAAAGGUUUCUAUAGGUUACACUUGCUUAACAUGCAAUCGCCAAUUUAAGUCAUUGGAAGCUGUUCGCUCUCAUAUGCAGCAAAAGGGACAUUUCUCUAUUGCUUACGAUACCGAUGAGGAACAGCUUGAACUUGCUGAUUACUACGAUUUCACCACUUCUUAUCCUGAUUACGAGAAACCCCAUGAGGUUGUAGAUGCAGAAAACGCAGAAAACGAUGAAAACUGGGAAGACGCUUCCAGUGAUUCUGAUUCCAGCGUAGAUAGCUUAGAUGUGGGUAGAGUACCUAUAGCUGAAGAGUACGAGCUUCACCUCCCUACCGGUGCUCGUGCUGGUCAUCGUUCUUUAUCUCGUUAUUUCCGUCAAAAUAUUCGUCCUUCCACUACUAACGCUGUUGGUGACGGUGCAGCAGUUCAUCAAAAUGUAGCCAGACAUGCUAUGAGUGGAGAAGCAUUGGCUCGUAAUCGCGCUGUAGAGACUAGUCUUGCUGGUGUCCGAGACGGAAGAAAGAAUUAUAGUGCCUCUCAUAUCAAAACAUUCCAAGACCGUAGAAAGAAAGAGGCUUUCUUUACUAAAAUUGCUUACAAGAAUAACACGAAGCAACACUAUCGGGAUCCACUUCUGCAAUAAUUUCUUGGUAUCAUUUCGUCUUGUUACAAUCUUGUUAUGAAAGCAAAAAAAAAACCCCCCAAGGAAAAGAAAGGAACUAUUUUGGUUUGUAUAGCUUUGUACUGGUACUGGUCUGUCUAUGAAUAUGUUUGUCGGUUGGUCUUGGUUUUUCCUAAUCGAAGAACACUGAUGGUUGACUGUUUUAGGAGCUUUAAUAAAUAAUUUAAAUACUCCCAUAAAUAAAGGCAUUUUUUAGUUUUAUGUAUCUUUUGGGUCUUACUUCUAGUUCAAUUUAACUCAUUUAAAGUGAA